AUAUAUUCUUUACAUGUUUUCAUGUCACAAUCUUAGCCUCUACUUGUGUACCUAAACAGAGUCCAUGGAACAACGUGCAUGGAAUCGCUAUAUAUUACAACACACCCAAUUUAUUUUAAACACAAACACAGCCAAAAACAUUAGACAGAGACACAAAAAUGGGAACUGCUUAUGACCACGAUUCUCCUCCUCUACUCGAAGACCUUAAGGUGACCAUCCACAACUCCUCCAUGAUUUUCCCAUCCAAAGAGACUGAGAAAAAGUCCAUGUUCUUGUCCAACAUAGACAAGGUCCUCACCUUUGAUGUUGAAACGGUUCACUUCUUCGGAUCCAACAAUGAUUUUCCUCCCCAUGUUGUCACUGAAAUGCUCAAGAAUGCCCUAGAGGAUGCCCUUGUUGUUUAUGACUUCUUGGGUGGAAGAUUGAAGGCACACCCUGAAACCCAAAGGUUAGAGAUGGAUUGUACUCCAGAAGGGGCAGGCUUUGUGGUCGCUUCCAGUCAAUACAAACUGGAUCAGAUAGGGGAUUUGGAUUAUCCAAACACAGCCUUUUCACAAUUGGUGCACAAGAACAAGAAUUUUCUUAAAGAGGGUGAUGAUCCUCUCUGUGUUGCCCAGAUAACAUCCUUCAAAUGUGGUGGUUUUGCCAUUGGCAUUUCCACAAGCCACACUACAUUCGACGGCCUCAGUUUCAAGACCUUCCUUGACAACGUCGCUUCCAUAGCCGCUAAAAAGCCCUUGGCAGUGACGCCGUGCCAUGACAGGCACCUGCUGGCGGCACGAUCCCCGCCACGUGUCAACUUCCCACACCCGGAGAUGCUGAAGCUGAACGACCUCCCCAAGUCCAACAUCUUCGAAGCCUCAACGGAAGAGCUUCACUUCAAGGUCUUCAAAGUAACCUCAAACGACAUCACGAAGCUCAAGGAAGAGGCGAGAAAUUCAGUUGGUGGUGACAAAACCACACGCAUCACAGGCUUUAACGCUAUCACCGCCCACAUAUGGAGAUGCAAGGCACUGUCAUGCGAUGAUGAUAGGAACCCUAAUAGGUCAUCGACGAUUCUGUAUGCUGUGGAUAUACGUUCGAGGUUGGAGCCUCCUUUGCCGAAAUCUUACACGGGUAACGCAGUGUUAACGGCGUAUGCCACAGCAACGUGUCGGGAGGUAGAAGAAUGGCCGUUCAUGAGGUUGGUUGAAGCAGUGCGUGAGGGUGCAACUAGGAUGACGAAUGAGUACGCAAGGUCGAUCAUUGACUGGGGAGAGAUGAACAAAGGGUUUCCAAAUGGGGAGGUUUUGGUGUCAUCGUGGUGGAGAUUAGGGUUUGAGGAGGUGGAGUUUCCAUGGGGGAAGCCUAAGUAUUGUUGCCCUGUGGUGUACCAUAGGAAGGAUAUUAUUCUGUUGUUUCCUCCUGUUGAUGGAGGUGAUGGGGUGAGUAUUAUUGUGGCUCUUCCUCCCAAGGAUAUGAACAAAUUCCAUGCACUCUUCAAUAAGUUUUUGGGUGUUUGAGAUUCUGGGGGAUUAAUGUGAUAUCUCUAGCCUUUUACUAGUUGUUAUGUAAUAAAGUAUGUUGUUUUUCUUUAUGUGAAUGACGCAGUUUUAUAUAGGAAAAUGUUAUGUUGACAAACAAGGUCGA